CGGAAGACGCGGUCGCCAGAAUCUCCUCCUUCUCCGAUAUUCCCAAACCUCCCCCGACACCAACAAUGGAUCAGGCCCAGCUCGACGUCUCCAAGCUCAGCGAUGGCGACAAGAAGGAAUUGAACCAGUUCUUGACGAGUGAAGCUCAAAAGUCCAACAUCCAACAGACUGUUCACCACCUCGCCGACAUUUGCUGGAAGAAGUGCAUUAAUGGAAAGAUCUCCUCCGGCCGCCUAGACCAGUCCGAGGAAUCAUGCGCUCACAACUGUGUGGAGCGAUGGAUGGACACCAACCUUGCUGUGUUAAAGCACCUCGAGACUUUGCGUGGACAAUAAGCACGCCCCUUUGCACCAGCCUGUCCAAUGCUUUUCGUGUGCUUUGCCUCAUUCCAGGGCCUGCAACGGGAGGAAUCGAACGAAGAAUACUUCCAUAUCUACUUAGGUCUUAAAAGAGCAUGCCAGCCUGGGAUUUACGCUGGUAAGAACAAGGGAACAAACGUUGCACUGCC